AUGUCGGAGUGGCUCGACCCCGUGGAGUCGACGCGGGACCUCAUCGCGGCGCUGGAGAAGGACCGGGGCGCCUGCGAGGCGGAGAUCGUGGACCUCGCGGCGGAGCGCGAGGCCGUGCUGCGGGCCAUGGGCGAGGCGGCGAGCCGCCUCGAGCUCCAGGAGACGAAGAUCGACGCGCUUCAAGGCCAGGACGCCGCGCUCCGCGAGGCCGUCGACGAGAUGGACCAGUCCAUGGAGAAGGUGCGCCAGGUCUCCGCGACGUUCCAGGAGACCGCGGGCCGCUUCCGCCACAUCAAGACGACGGCCGCCGCCGCCGCGGCCUUCGCGGGGCGAUGA